AUGCGACUCUCACUCCCACUUCUGUUGCCCAUAGUGCUACUGGCACAAGUGACCGCUGCCCAAAAUGCUGGGCUCAACAAUCUCCCCGCCAUCUGCGCUGGUGUCAAAGAAGUUGCAACAUGCAAGAUCAAAGUCAUCGUGCCGAGUGGUGUCAAGGUCAAUACGAGGACUAUCAAAGUCCCCACGCCGCAUAUCCGCGACAAGGAGCUGCCCAACUGUCAAAAAGCCCCUCAGGCGUUUUUAACCAUUCUUACCAAGGAGAUCGACCUUUGCGAUGAUAUUCGCAGGGCACUUGGUAAGACUCUGGGGGACAAGUUCAUCAAAUCAUCAGAGGCCAUCUGCGGUUGUUUCACUCGCUUGCAAACCUUUGCGACGACGGGUUCCUUCACGGCUAUGUCAAUUCGGGGCGAGAUAAGCACAGCUACCACAAAGGUCGCAGACGACACACUUAGUAUUGAAAAGGUACUGUCUUCUUACUUCUCUCUCAAUUUCUCGCCUAAUACGUCCAAGUGUUUUGGAAAAGUUAGUCUACCAAUUCUCAACAACAAAGUUGAUAUUGCGAAUGUUCUCAAGUCGAUCGCCCCUUGGAUCAUCGCCCAAGCCAAGGAUAUCGACCUUUCAGUCUUUCAAUCUCUCGCUCGUGUAGUUGGUGCCUGCCAAGCUGGUAAUUGCAACGCAAAUUCCAUUAGCGCCGCUGUCAACGCUUAUCUUGCCCCCUCAUUCCAAUCAAUGGAGCCCCCAAUCAAAUCGGUACUUGUUCAAUGGGAUGGCGCCCUUACUCGUAUCGAAGAAAGAGUCAAGGAUAUUAACGAAGCUGCUGACUCUUUGGCAAACAACUACGAUUUUAUGCGGGCGGAGUUGGAUUCAAGCAAGCAAAAGAUUUGUGAGGAACUGCAGCGGUGUGAUGGACAGGGAGUACCAAAGUUUCUCGAUCGGGUUGAUGAGGUUAUCGAAGCUGCCAAUAGGCUCUGGCCAGUCCGAGGUCCCCUUGACGUUCCAUCUAGCCGACUCAGCAAUAGGCUGGCCGAAACGAUUCAACUCAGAAAGGACAUCAAAAAGUAUCCAGAGGCGACAAGUCUAGUCUCCAUGAUCAAGCAGGGCAAGUUCAAAAAGAUCAGCGACAUCUUCCUAAUCAUGCCCAUCGUGCAACGCAUCCCGGAGCUAGCCAAACAGAUCAAGGCCGACCUUUCACCACUCCAAGACGUCGUCAAAGAAUACAAACAGCUAUCCGGGGAAACCCACGACAAUGUAUGGUCCCUCAGCUGGUCCAACAUCAUCUGGCCAGACACAGAACUCACUUCCGACUCACCCGAGGCAGAUGCUGCAUUGAUCACCGAACUAGAUGCUGUAGACACACUCGUCAGAGAUUACCUUUCGAGCCCUGUUCGUGUAUACAGCGACGGCAUGUUCAUGAUGGACGCCGAGCUCAGGGGUUUCUCGGUGGUCAACGGGUCGUUUGCCAUGGAGACCAAGGUGGCAACGUAUAACCGCUGGACAACAAUCUCUAUGGACAUGCCGUGCUCCAAAAAGGAGACCAAGGUAUACAAGAAGAGAUUCGUGGUGGAGCAGGAAUAG